GGAGCAGGAGCAGGAGCAGGAGCAGGCCCGGCCCCGGCCGAUGAGGACCGGGACAUGGAGGGGGCCCCCAGCUGCUCGGGGUCGCGCUCCGUCCCCUUCGAGUUCCAGCGGAGCCGCUCGGAGUCCACCGGCGAUGAGGACGACGACGACGACGAAGACGACGACGAGGAGGAAGAGGAGCUGGAGGGGGACGCCGGGGCUCGGUUCGGGACGGAUGACGGGGAGCACGACUCGGGCGACGACCGGGAGCGUAUGAUAAACCUCACAGAGUUGACCCCUUAUAUCCUGUGUUCCAUCUGCAAAGGUUACUUUAUUGAUGCUACAACUAUUACAGAAUGUCUGCACACCUUUUGUAAAAGCUGCAUCGUGAGACACUUCUACUAUAGCAACAGAUGUCCAAAAUGCAAUAUUGUUGUACAUCAGACACAGCCCCUUUAUAAUAUCAGACUGGACCGGCAACUGCAAGACAUAGUCUAUAAAUUAGUUGUCAAUCUUGAGGAAAGAGAGAAAAAACAAAUGCAUGACUUCUAUAAAGAAAGAGGAUUAGAAGUGCCCAAACCAGCUGUCCCACAGCCAGUUCCAACGAGCAGAGGAAGACCUCGUAAGGUUCUAGGCUCAGUGUUCCGGAUUCCACCGGAACUUGACAUCUCCAUACUUCUGGAGUUUAUUGGAGCUAACGAAGGCACAGGGAAUUUUAAGCCUUUGGAAAAGAAGUUUGUGCGUGUUUCUGGGGAGGCAACAAUUGGACAUGUGGAGAAAUUCCUCAGAAGAAAAAUGGAUCUGGACCCUGCUUGUCAGGUGGACAUAAUAUGUGGUGAUCACCUGCUGGAGCACUACCAGACACUGAGGGAAAUUCGUCAAGUCAUAGGAGAGAGCGCAGUGCAGAGUUCUGCAUCACUGAUGGAUAUAAUGAGCUCACACAUGGGAAAAGCUAAAAGGAGUGCCUUCCGUGAUGUCCUUGGCCCUUGGCACAGAGGAUGGUUUGCUUGUACUGCACUAUGGCCUGGUGGUAUCUCCACUAACUUAAAGAUUGCUGGAAUAUUACAAGGCAAAAGAAUCCGAAGAGUCAUGGCGCUUCUUCACUGCUGUUUCUCACCAAAGAAGCCAUUGUAUUUCCUGUGGCAGGAAGCAAGUUAAAGGAACUACCACUAACUGCUGUGUGAUCGUAGUGUAACAUCUGACUUCACCACUGUAAAAAAUUGCAGCUUCUGUAAGUACAGCUGUAGAUGUUGGUAUGCUUCAUUUUACAAAUUACUGUCUUCAAAUUUCACUCAGCUCAGGGAAUUUAAAUGCUCAGAGUAGCUGCAUUUUUUUUACUUUCGAAAAACCAUAAGAUUUCACAGGGUUAACAGCCUUUUUUUCCUCUAAGCUCUGAGAUAUCUCUUGCUUUUCUAAGUGUCUAGCUAGAACAGUGCUCUCAGGGAUGAUCUUCAGUGAGCAGAAUAGUGUAUUUUUGGGAGGAGACAGUGAGUUGCCUAAAAAAAUGUGUACUGUGAUCAUCUGUCUUCAUAUGUGAUUUGGGGGUAGGAAGGAAACUAGAAAUGCAGACCAAAAUAGGUAGAAAACGAUGCAGCAUAAGCAUUGGUUUUUUUGAGAAGUAGCAUUAAAUUUAGUUGUUUUUCUUGAAGAAAGACAAUUUUGUUUGCACUGGAAGUAUAUUUGCUGGUAGUUUGGCUUAUACCAAAUGGUGGAUCAUGCAUCUCUAGUCUUAAUGGAGAUGGGCUGGCUGUAAGCUGGUUAAACUAUGCAUGAAAAAAAAAAGUAGCACCUCUUUCUACCUGCUUGCUGUAUAUAAAGUGAUCACUGUCGGUGUGAUUCUGCUAUCAUGAAUCUGUCAACUGGCUUGACUGUCAGGAGCAUAAAUCCAUUCACUUUAGCACAUACCUCUCUAGCAGCUUUGAAAAUGGUUGCUUUUUCCACUCUUUUCAAUGUGUUUUAGUGCAUCACAGUGGAGACCAGGGUUGAGUAAUGUAGUACUUGCCUGUUACUACCAGAUUUGCAGAGGAUUUUAGGUAACUUUAACAUAUUAAAAUAGUAUGGUUUGUGACAACUCUAA